GAACAGCAGAAUGCUACUAUAUCAUGUACUAAUACUGAACUACAAGGACAACAAGCAAUGUGUAGUACUGGUAAAACAAAAUACUCGUUAACUCCAUUAAACAUUACAUACUCACCCGGUGUGGAGCAACUGGAUCAUGAAGAGAAGCAAAUAUGUUCAGUCCAUCGUAUAUUACCUGAUGUAUAUUUACACUGUAAAGGAGUAAUGAUUGCUGAGAGUAGGAAAUGUGGAGGAAAGCUACGUCUGAUGGAUGCUAGGAAGUUGUGUCGUAUUGAUGUAAAUAAAACUAGAAAGAUAUAUAAUCAUCUUGUGUCUAAAAAACUUGUACAACCACCAUCUUAACUUAUUAUUAAUGCAUGCUGGUAUGUCUUCUAUUUACAAAAUAUUCAUUCCUGCUGAA